AUGAAGUUCACCAAGAGUUGCAAUGUACCAUUGCAAACAUUAAAAAGCUUGAAAAUCGAUUUUGGUGAUGAGAUGGUGCAGACUUUGGUCGAUCAUUACCGCCAACAACUGCUGGAAAAGGAACUUGAUGUGGGGCUCAUUGAGUCAGAAUGGAUGGUGUUAAGAAAUGCUUUGUACAACAACCACAGAGUUCAUGGGCUGUCCUGGAGUACAGUAAAUGUUCUUUACAUCAGCCGUGUUCCUAACAUUCUUAGCCUGGUGGACCUUGUUUUGUCACUACAAGCAGGGACCUCCGAAUGUGAAAGGGGCUUCUCCCAGAUGAAAAUCAUUAAAAGUCAGUGGAGGAACAAGCUGAAGUCAUCCUCAAUGACUCUCCUGAUGACAAUUCAGCUACACUCUGAAAGUGUAGCUGAAUGGAAUCCAGAGAAGUCUAUAUUUCACUGGACCCGGAAAGCAAAGAGAAGACCCUGUUUUAUGGAAUCAAGGAAAAGGUCUGUUUCCAUUCAGAGAGAAAUUGUGGAAUUAGAUGAGCAGGAGGAAGAGGAGGAGGGAAGUGCAGAACAAGCAGAGGGAGAAAGAGGGGAGAAAGAACACUCAGACUUGGAUGACUCAGACUACACUUCAGACUUUUCAGAUUUAGAUGAGGACAAUUGUGAUUCUGAAGAAUAUGAUUAAAACAAUUAAAGCUUCAUAUAUUAGCAAUACAGUGACUGUGUAACUAAUACAUGAAUGAAAUAGGUAUCAAAUUUUGCCAUUUGGAUACCGUUAAAAGCAAAUGAACACAUAUUUCUUACUAUGAAAUUUUGAUGUUUAUUAAAAAUUUGUA